AUGUCCUCCAUCGAUCCAGUCGUCGUCAUUGACGGCAAGGGACACCUUCUUGGUCGCCUGGCCAGCACUGUCGCUAAGCAGCUGCUCAACGGCCAGAAGAUCGUCGUCGUGAGAUGUGAAGCCCUCAACAUCUCCGGCGAGUUCUUCCGCGCGAAGCUCAAGUACCACGCCUACCUUCGCAAGAUGACCCGUUUCAACCCCACCCGCGGAGGUCCCUUCCACUUCCGUGCUCCCUCCCGCAUCUUCUACAAGGCCGUCCGUGGUAUGAUGCCCCACAAGACCGCCCGUGGAGCCGCUGCUCUGGAGAGACUCAAGGUCUUCGAGGGUGUUCCUCCUCCCUACGACAAGAAGAAGCGCGUUGUCGUUCCCCAGGCUCUGCGCGUUCUCCGCCUGCGCCCCGGCCGCAAGUACUGCACCGUCGGUCGUCUCAGCCACGAGGUUGGCUGGAAGUACCAGGACGUUGUUGCCAGACUUGAGGAGCGGAGAAAGGUUAAGAGCAGUGCAUACUACGAGCGCAAGAAGGCCGCUCGCCGUCAACUCGUCCACGCCCAGAAGUCGGCGGGUGUUAACGAGCAGACCAAGAGCCAGCUCGCUCAUGAUGGUGAAUCACGGGCUAACACAUACAUCCAUCCAUGCAUCCAGGCCCAAGCCAUCCACCACAUCACUGCCAACAACCAAGUCCUGCGGAGAAGCUACAUGGAAGUUGCGGACCGGGCGCGCGGGCUGGCUUACUACCUCAAGAAACAUGGGUUGAAGCGCGUGGGGAUUCUCUGUCCGAAUACGCCGGCGUUUUUGGAGGCGAUUUUUGGGAUUGGGGCUGCCGGCGGGGUGAAUAUUGCUGUGAACUACCGCCUCAAAGAAGACGACAUCGCGUAUAUAUUCACGCACUCGGACGCGGAGGCCAUCAUCGUCGAUCGGGAGUUCCUGCCGCUUCUCCGCCGGUAUCGGCAAGCGAAUCCUGCGGUGCCAGUGAUUGUGGAUACGGAUACGGAUGCAACCGGGGGGCAGUUGUCGGGUCCGUUUGAUGAGGCUGUCUUGGAGGGGUUGGGGUAUGAUAGGGAUACCGGGGCGAAGGGGUGGGAGGGCCUAGAGGCCCAGGCCGCGAGCGAGAAUGAUGUGCUUGCCUUGGCGUAUACCAGUGGCACGACGGCUAAGCCCAAGGGCGUCGAGUAUACCAAUCGCGGCAGUUAUCUGGCCGCCAUGGGGAAUAUUGUUGAGUCGGGCUUGCAGAGGGGGAAGGGCAGGUGUGGAUAUUUGUGGAUUCUGCCCAUGUUUCAUGCUGUUGGUUGGACGUUCCCGUGGGCUGUUACGGCCGUCAGGGGCACGCAUUAUUGCCUAAGGAAGAUCGACUAUGCGCAGAUCUGGUCGAUCUUGAAGCAGGGAGGUGUUACUCAUUUCAACGCGGCGCCUACGGUGAAUACCCUGCUCUGCAGCCAUCACGAUGCGAAACGACUGGCUGUGCCGAUUGAAGUCACCGUGGCGGGCAGUCCGCCGGCGCCGCAUCUCUUCGAGCAGAUGGCCGGGCUGAAUUUCCAUCCCGUGCAUGUCUACGGGAUGACGGAGACGUACGGGCCAAUUACGAGAUCCUAUUAUAUGCCGUCGUGGGAUAACAUCCCGUCGGACGAGAGGUUCAAGAGACUGGCGAGGCAGGGGCAUGGGUUCCUGACCAGUCUGCCGGUGCGGGUGAUCAAGACCGAUGUCCCCGAGGGGAGUGUGGUCGAGGUCCGCCGCGACGGCAAGGAGAUCGGGGAGAUUGUGUUUUCCGGGAAUAUCUGCUCGCGGGGCUACUACAAAGACCCCGUGGCGACGCGGAAGAUGUUUGCCGGCGGCGUGCUUCACUCCGGGGACCUGGCAGUGUGGCAUGCCGACGGGGCGGUUCAGAUCCUGGAUCGGGCCAAGGAUAUCAUCAUCAGCGGAGGCGAGAACAUCUCCUCGGUUGCCCUGGAAUCCAUGCUGGCGGAUCAUCCGGACAUCCUGGAAACCGGGGUAGUGGCGGUGCCGGACGCCCACUGGGGCGAACGACCCAAGGCGUUUGUGACCGCGAAGGAAGGUCGCCAGCUCGACGGCAACCAGGUGAUUGAUUGGGCCCGGGACCACAGCGGAAUCAGCAGGUUUAUGGUGCCCCGCGAGGUGGAGGUGGUGGCGGAACUGCCCAAGACCAGUACCGGGAAGAUCAGGAAGAAUGUCCUCCGGGACUGGGCAAAAGGGGCGCCUCGAGUAUGA